CGCUUUUAUGCAGCGCGAGGCUCGGCGCUGCCCGCAUUCUCCAGUCGCCCGCCGCAGCGCGCCAACAUGCUCGUCGGCUACCUCCUGCUCCUCUGCACCUUGUGUGGCGCGGCUCACGUCCCGCGGCCGCAACACGUUCGCCGGUCGCAGCAUCAGAGAGGCCACCAUCACGGGCCCACGAAGGAGGGAGUCGUUGCCACGACGGUGACCAGCCCCACCACACACGGCGAGGGUCCGCACUGGAACGUCGAAAAUCAGCAGCUCUACUUCGUCGAUAUCGCCGGGAAAUACGUCCACCGCUACGAUCCCGAAUCCGGCAAGGACUACAAAGUCGAGCUUCCAAACAGCGUGACGCUGGUUAUACCACUGCGUGACUCGACUGACAAGUUCCUGAUUACUGUGUCGCACACGCUGGCAGUGAUGACCUGGGAUGGAGUCAGCGAGACGCCCUCUAGCCUGGAGGAGAUAGACACCGUGGAAGAGGACAAGCCGGGAAACCGCUUCAACGACGGCAAGGCUGACAUCCGUGGGCGCGUCUGGGCAGGCACGAUGGGCCCAGAGCCGGUUGUUGGCGAAGUGACGCCGGAUCAGGCUACCCUGUACCUGCUGGACACAGACUCACGCACAGCUGUCCCAAAGGUGUCACCCGUCUCUGUGUCCAACGGGAUUGCCUGGGACGGCAACGUCAUGUACUACUCCGACACUUCCAGCUACGUCAUUGCUGCGUACGACUACGACGUCGAUACUGGCAACAUCAGUAACAGAAGGAUUGUUUUCAACAUAACCGAAGCCGGAAUUGAGGGUGUAAUGGACGGCAUGACCAUUGACAGUGAAGGGAAACUGUGGAUCGCACUCUUCAAUGGCUGGCGCGUGAUCCGAAUGGACCCGCGGACUGGGAAAGUAGAGUUCAAGCUGGACCUGCCGGUGCAGCGGCCCACGUCCGUGUCGUGGGGCGGCCCCGACCUCGACCAGCUGUACGUGACGUCAUCCCGCUCUGGCCUCAGCGACGAGGAAGUGGCGCAGCAGCCGCUGGCCGGCUGCACCUGGCGAGUCACCGGGCUCGGCGUGAAGGGCCGUGCGCAGUACAACGCUGUGCGCGACGUCUAACUCUCUGUGUAGCGUACUGUACAAAUAAUAAAACUACUUCCCUACAACAUUAA